CUAGACAUGGGAAGCUGCUGCGUAAAGCCAAAAGAGGGAAAUUCAGGAGAUAUUCUUGAAGAAAAUGGGGGCAAUAAAAGCCCAGGCAAAAAGGAUAAAAAGUCUCUGAUUAGCUCUCAGGGGGAAGCUAGCAAAGUCACCAGGAUAGAUUCAUUGGACAUGGCUCCAGGCGAGGAGGAACUAUACUCGAAAUCAAUUAAUCUAAACCACUUUGAUAUAGUCAAGGUGAUUGGCAGAGGGUCUUUCGGAAAAGUCUAUUUGGUGCAGAAAUAAGGACACAGAGCAAUUCUACGCAAUGAAAGUCUUGAAGAAAGAGGCUAUCUCCUCACCCUCCCAGAGACUGCAUACAAUUGCUGAAAGGAGAAUUCUACAAGAAAUCGACAGUGAUUUUAUAGUGAAGCUUCAUUAUGCAUUCCAGAACCCUGACAAACUUUACUUUGUAAUGGAUUUCCUGAACGGAGGAGAGAUGUUUACCCAUCUUCGGAAAAACGUGAAAUUUUCUGAGAAACGAGCAAGGUUUUAUUGAGCCGAACUCAUUAUGGCUCUCAAGUGACUACAUGAUAAUAAUAUCCUCUACAGGGAUUUGAAGCCUGAGAAUAUUAUUUUGGGUUGCGAUGGCCACAUCAAAAUUACUGACUUCGGUCUUUCAAAGAUGAAUAUUAAUAAAGAAGAUGAUUUGACUUUCACGUUUUGUGGAACGCCAGAAUACCUUGCGCCAGAAAUCAUAAGCCAAAAAGGACAUGACAAAUCGGUUGACUGGUGGAGUUUAGGGGUAAUCUUAUUUGAAAUGCUCACUGGAAAAGCCCCUUUUGCUCAUAAAAACAAACAGAAGGUUCUGAAUGAUGUUCUUAAAGCUCCAAUACCUCCGUUCAAGUUUUCUGAGAAUGCAAACGACUUACUACGAAGACUGCUCAUCAGAGACCCGAGAAAACGCAUAGGAUAUGGUGAUAGAGAUGCGGAAGAAAUUAUGGAGCAUCCAUUCUUUGAAUGAAUAGAUUGGGAGAAGCUUGCUGAGAGAAAUGUAACCCCACCCUAUAUUCCUAAGGUCCGAAAGCAAGAUGACCUUCGACAUAUCGAUCCAAUGUUUAAAGAGGAAAAGGUGGAAGACACGCCUGCUGAUAAGAAACUGAGGCUUAGCGAGAAGGAGAAGAAUCACUUUAACGAGUUCACAUAUAGUAAGGACACAGUUAUUAACUCAAUGGAGGUAGACCAGAAUGAAGAUGCGCUCUCACAAAUUUUAGAGGAGAGAGAAGAUUCUUUUAUCCCUGCUAGUUCAGAUGAACUUGAAUUAAAUAUUUAGUACCUAUAACAAAUUUUCGUA